GUGUCAGAGACCGGUGGAGGAGGGAAAAGACAGAAGAUGGUGACCAAACCUGUGGGCCACAUGUCCAGGAAGGCGGGGACACCGCCACCUUCCACCAAAGCUCAGAAAUCCACCUCUCGGUUGUCCCAGAGCGUCAAGUCCAUGGACGUGAAAGGCGGCAAGGUGCUGAAGGAGAUCCGGUCGGUGAUGAUCGACCUGGGCACCGGCUACUGUAAAGCGGGCUACGCCGGGCAACCGAGACCCUCGGUGGUGCUGUCCUCGGUGGUGGGCCGUCCGGUGCAAAUGAGCGCCAAGACCGGCGACAACCGUCAGGAGAACUUCGUGGGCGACGAGCUCUCCAAGUCGGAGCUGCAGCUGAAACUAGUGAACCCGCUGCGGCACGGCAUCGUGGUGGACUGGGAGGCGGUGGAGGCCAUCUGGGCCCACAUCUUCCAGCAGGCCAUGCGGAUCCUGCCCGAGGAGCACGCCGUGAUGGUGGCGGACCCGCCACUCAGCCCCAGCACCAACCGCGAGAAGAUGGCGGAGCUGCUGUUCGAGACCUUCAGCACGCCGGCCAUGCACAUCGCCUACCAGUCCAUCCUGUCGUUGUACUCGUACGGCCGCACCACCGGCCUCGUCGUGGAGUGCGGUCACGGGGUCACCCACGUGGUGCCGGUGCACGAGGGCUAUAACAUGCCCCACGUGACGGGCAGGGCUGACUACGGCGGCGCGGACCUCAACGACUAUUUGCUGCGGCUGUUGAACGAGGCGGGAAACCGCUUCACCGAGAAGGGCCUACACAUUGUCGAGGACAUCAAGAAGAAAUGCUGCUACACCGCCGUCAACUUCGAGCAGGACAUGAACCUCGACGUUAACGAGUACCUGGUCGAGUACGAGCUGCCCGACGGUCACGUCAUCGCCAUCGGCAAGGAGAGGUUCCGCUGCCCCGAGGCCCUGUUCAACCCGUCGCUGAUCGGCUCCAAGGAGCCCGGCAUCCACUCGCUGGCCCUGCACAGCCUCGACAUGUGCGACAGCAACCUCAAGUACGAGAUGUACAGCAACAUCCUGCUGUGCGGCGGCUCCACCCUCUUUGACGGCUUCUCCGACCGCCUGCAGAAGGAGAUGAACAAGAUGGAGCAGGGCAUGAACCCCACCGUACACGCCAUCCCCGAAAGGAAGUAUUCAGUCUGGCUGGGAGGUUCCAUCAUGGCCUCUUUGAAAUCCUUCCAACAGCUGUGGGUUCGCAAGAGAGAUUAUGAUGAACGGGGACCCUAUAUCAUUUACCGCAAGUGCUUCUAAAACUGCUGCUCGCAGCCUUGGCUUCGUUUUUCUUUCGUUGCAUAUUUUUAAUUCUUGCACCAGGGCCUGCAGUUAGGCGCCGCCUGCGGACUCUUCCUUGGCGUUCCGAUAGACUUCUCGUGCAACCCAAGAGCAGAGAUCGGGCUUAUUUCCUUCCUGGAGACGACAGUGGUAUGGGAGCAAACACGAUUUACAAAAUUGGAUAGAGCCUAAUGAGAUGUCACCUGACGAAUUGUGGACAUGAAAACCGAAAGAACUGCGGCUGCUGGAAAUCAGGAACAAAACCAGAAGUUGCUGGAAAAACUCAGCAGGUCUGGCAGCAUCUUUUAAGGGAAAAAAAACGAGUUAACGUUUCGGCUCUGGUGACUCUUCCUCAGAGCCUUUAUGUCCUAGGUUAGAAUCGGAGUCCUACCCAACCUUUUCUGUUCUGAGGAAGGGUCACAGGACCCGUGACUUACUGUGUACAGUUUGCCUCCUUGUCUAAGGAAGCUUAUAGUGGCGUUGAAGGACGGCACCGGAGGUUUGCCAGAUUAAUCCCUGCGCUGAUGGGCUUGUAUUGAAGAAACAGUGUUUUAUGUUAUGGUGAGUUUAAGAAUAAGAGAUAAUUGCAUGGAAACUAACAGAAUUCUUACAGGCUUGACAAGGUGUAUUUUUAGAUUGAAUGUUAUUGAUGGUUGGAGAAGUUGAGAACUAGGGAAUAUAAAAUCCUAGUUUGGCCCAACAAGUCCACACAUACUCUUGGAAAAGCAUCCCACAAAUCUUUUAUCAUAGACACUGAAUAAAAACCUUUUUAGAAUCAAUAUACUGUAAAUGCUGCUUUAAAAACUCAGUAUUUAAAAGUAAUAUACAAUUAUUCUUAAUCUGUACUUUCAAUAUUUGGUUUACAGUGAUUAUUAAAAUUCCACCAGUAAUUAUGAAGUUAG